AUGCCCCGCGGGUUCCUGGUGAAGCGCAGCAAGAAGUCCACGCCCGUGUCCUACCGGGUUCGGGGCGGCGAGGACGGUGACCGCGCGCUGCUGCUGUCACCCGGCUGCGGGGGCGCCCGCGCCGAGCCCCCGGUGCCAAGCCCCGGGCCACUGCCGCCACCUCCGCCGCCGGCGCUCGCGGAGCGCGCCCAUGCAGCGCUCGCCGCCGCGCUCGCCUGCGCGCCAGGCCCGCCGCCACCCCCUCCGGGCCCGCGGGCCGCGCACUUCGGCAACCCAGAGGCUGCUCACCCCGCACCUCUCUACAGCCCCACGCGGCCGGUGAGCCGCGAGCAUGAGAAGCACAAGUACUUCGAGCGCAGCUUCAACCUCGGCUCGCCGGUGUCAGCCGAGUCCUUCCCUACGCCCGCCGCGCUGCUCGCAGGGGGAGGCGGCGGCGCGAACGGCGCUGGCGGCGGCGGCACCUGCGGCGGAGACGCGCUACUCUUCGCGCCUGCCGAGCUCAAGAUGGGCACCGCGUUCUCCGCCGGCGCCGAGGCGGCACGGGGUCCCGGGCCUGGUCCCCCACUGUCCCCCGCCGCUGCCCUGCGGCCCCCGGGCAAGCGGCCCGCGCCCCCCGCCACUCUGGCUGCAGAGCCACCCGCCAAGGCAGUCAAGGCCCCGAGCGCCAAAAAGCCCAAGGCCAUCCGCAAGUUACACUUCGAGGAUGAGGUGACCACGUCGCCGGUGCUGGGGCUCAAGAUCAAGGAGGGCCCGGUGGAGGCUCCGCGGGGCCGUGCGGGGGGUGCAACCCGGCCGCUGGGCGAGUUCAUCUGCCAGCUGUGCAAGGAGGAGUACGCCGACCCGUUCGCGCUGGCGCAGCACAAGUGCUCGCGCAUCGUGCGCGUGGAGUACCGCUGCCCCGAGUGCGCCAAGGUCUUCAGCUGCCCGGCCAACCUGGCCUCGCACCGUCGCUGGCACAAACCACGGCCCGCGCCUGCCACAACCCGUGCGCCGGAGCCGGAAGCCGCUACCAGGGCCGAGGCGCGCGAGGCUGCGGGCGGCGGCAGCGAUCGGGACACGCCGAGCCCCGGCGGCGUUUCCGAGUCAGGCUCCGAGGACGGGCUCUACGAGUGCCACCACUGCGCCAAGAAGUUCCGUCGCCAGGCCUAUCUGCGCAAGCACCUGCUGGCACAUCACCAGGCGCUGCAGGCCAAAGGCGCGCCGCCGCCGCCGCCGCCACCGCCACCGCCUCCCGCCGAGGACAUACUGGCUUUCUAUGCGGGGCCCGACGAAAAGACGCCCCAGGAGGCCGCGGGCGACGGCGAGGCGGCCGGCGUACUGGGCCUGAGUGCGGCCGCCGAAUGCCACCUGUGCCCAGUGUGCGGGGAGACCUUCCCCAGCAAGGGCGCCCAGGAGCGCCACCUGCGCCUGCUGCACGCUGCCCAGGUGUUCCCCUGCAAGUACUGCCCGGCUACCUUCUACAGCUCCCCGGGUCUUACGCGGCACAUCAACAAGUGCCACCCGUCUGAGAAUAGACAGGUGAUCCUCCUUCAGGUGCCCGUGCGUCCAGCCUGCUAG